AUGUGUGCAGAUGCGUCCACUAUAUGUGGCAUCCCUACGAAAUAUGUGUCGCUCUGCACGCUCGUCCUCCAGAAUUCCACCCUCGUCCUUGUCAUGCGAUAUUCCCGGAUCCUACCAGGUCCGAGAUAUUUGAGUUCCACCGCCGUCGUUCUGUCCGAACUCUUGAAAUGUAUUAUCUGUUUGUCCGUUCACAUCCGUGAACAAUUCACCCAGUCGCAAUAUACUCCAUUACCCACACUUUCGGACGAGGCUGGCCCGGCGUCAAGUCCCCCGAGGUACGGUCUCCAACAACUAUGGAAUGAUUUGUUCAGUGCCAAAAGUGGCUUCUUGAAACUGCUCAUCCCAGCAAUCCUCUACACUCUUCAGAACAACCUGCAAUUUGUCGCCGCCUCCAACUUGGAUGCGGCCACUUUUCAGGUCACCUACCAAUGCAAGAUCUUGACCACUGCAUUAUUUGCUGUGUUGAUGCUCGGGCAGAGUCUCUCCUGGAGGAGGUGGCUUGCCUUGGUCAUCCUCACUGCUGGUGUAGCAUGUGUCCAGAUACCCUCUUCUACGACACCGUCGCACGCUCGUCAGGGUAAUUAUCUCCUUGGUAUUUCGGCUGUUACGGUGGCUUGUGUGUGCUCCGGUUUUGCAGGCGUCUACUUUGAAAAGGUGUUGAAAGGCGGUCAACAUGGGUCUAUAUGGGUUCGGAACAUCCAACUUAGUGUUGGCUGCCUAGGCAUUGCCCUAGCCGGCGCAUUGGUGUGGGAUGGGCGGGCAAUCCGGCAGGGUGGUUUCUUCCAGGGAUACAACGCCGUGGUGGUUGCAACGGUGUGUAUCCAAGCCGCUGGCGGUCUCAUCGUGGCCAUGGUCAUCAAAUACGCCGACAACAUCCUCAAAGGCUUCGCCACGUCCCUCUCGAUUAUACUCUCCACCAUUGCUUCGGUUUUCUUGUUUAAUUUCGUCCCGACUGUCUACUUCUUGCUGGGGUCCGUCCUGGUGUUUGUGGCUACAUAUAUGUACAGCAUGCCAGGGGCGUCGAAAAAUACCGACGAGACUACAUCUUUGGAUGAUUCGGAAAAGGGGCCGGCACUGCUGGUGGGACACCAUGGCCAUCCUGACUCGAACGUCGGCGCAAGACCUUUCAGCGAUGAGACUGAUCUCGAAUCAGGUGACGAGGGCAGUCGAGAUACCGCUGGCACCCACACCUUCGACGAUGUGACCAGCAGUCGACAUUUUUCGCCUUCAUUACUGUCGUCUGCCACCAUGGAGAAGUAG